AUGAACCCGCAGACUCUGCGUACCAAGCGGCACUGGUCCAUGUUCAUCUGGCGACAGAAGCGACACUGGGCCCUCGUGCUCCAGCCUUUUGGUGAAGUUUUCACGGCAAGGGUUGUCGAUGACUUCGUUCACAAUGCACAAGACUGCUUUUCCAUGGAGGUGUCCUCCUCACAGCUGUUUUUGGUCUACGAAUUGCUGCUUGACCGUGCGGAGCCUUUUCUCAUGCUGAGCGUGAAGCCCGAUUUCCAGCUGGAGAGGAGAACAGUUCACAGCCUCGGCCUGAGCCGACGCUUGAAUCUGCUGCAGCUACAGGUUCUUGCAGUUCAAGCAUUUGCCCGCUACAAGCGCUACAGCUUCAUUGGUGCGAACUGCCAGCACUUCGCGGCUGAUUUCGCGAAUGGACUUGGGGCCCGCACGAGGAUAAAUCCAGACGACGAAACAGUCGCUUUGGCUGCAACGGACACGGCUCUGCCAGUGGGGGUCGUGGGUGCAUGUGUAGCAGCUACUGCAGCUGUCGGUGCAGCAAGUGCGCAAGCUGGUCUUGCACCGGUCUUGCAUGCUGUCGCAGCAUCAGCAUCGGCCGUCGGCCUCGUUGGUUGCGCUGCCUUGGCAGGGGUUGCCGGUGUGUACAAGCUGAUGCAUAACCAGUCUCGGCAGGCAAGCCCUGUGGCGAGAGGUCCGGAGGGCUUCGAUGGACAUGUGCAGCUGCUGACGAAGUCGACUUCCUGCCUGUCCUUGAUCGAUGGUGGCAGCCUCUCCAAAUCCAUGCCGUGCUUGCGAAGGUUCCCAACGGACUCUGACACCGAAGAUCCCGACGAUGUGUACAGCGAGGAGCUUUGCAGGCUCGUGGCAACACCGGCGACGCCGCCACACCGUGAUUGUAUAGUCCAGCUGCGCUAG